AUGACCAUGCCAACAAUCCCCCUCCAUUCAGCUGUACAAAAGAGCUUGGACGACACUAAAGUCAACUAUGUCCGGCUGGGGACCUCCGGACUACGGGUCUCCGUUCCCAUGCUCGGGUGCAUGAGCUUCGGCUCUAAGGAAUGGUCGCCUAAUCCAAACGCACAGUGGGUGAUUGAAGAAGAGGACUCUUUGAAGGUGCUCAAGGCUGCCUACGAUAUGGGCAUCGCCACCUGGGUCACAGCUAAUAUAUACUCAAACGGCAUGAGUGAGGAGAUUAUUGGCAAGGCCAUUAAGAAGUUCCAAAUUCCCCGGCAAAAGCUGAUCAUCAUGACAAAAUGCCAUAACUAUGUAGGUGAGAAACCGGAUAUCUUCUCCGCCUAUAUGGUCGGCGGGAUGGUCCGGAGUAAAGACUACGUUAACCGUGGUGGUGAGUAA